UGCCAUCAGACCCGCCGAGACAGAGUAUCUCAGCCGAGCUCUCGGAACAGAUAAUCUCUCACAUAACAGACAACCAUGGCAGAUAAAAUUAAAAAUGCUAAGAUCGUCUUUGUCGUGGGCGGCCCCGGGUCUGGGAAAGGCACCCAGUGUGAGAAGAUCGUGGCGAAGUACGGCUACACACACCUGUCCUCAGGUGACCUUCUGCGAGCCGAGGUGGCGUCCGGCUCCGACAGGGGAAAACAGCUGCAGGCCAUCAUGCAGAAAGGAGAACUCGUGCCUCUGGACACGGUCCUGGACAUGAUCAAGGACGCCAUGAUCGCCAAGGCGGACGUCUCGAAGGGUUACCUGAUCGACGGAUACCCUCGAGAAGUCAAACAGGGAGAGGAGUUCGAGAAGAAGAUCGGCGCUCCGGCUCUGCUGUUGUACAUCGAUGCGAAGGGCGAGACGAUGGUGAAGAGACUCAUGAAGCGCGGAGAGACCAGCGGCCGAGCCGACGACAACGAGGAGACUAUUAAGAAGAGACUGGAUCUGUAUUACAAAGCCACCGAACCCGUCAUCGCUUUCUACGAGAAGCGCGGCAUCGUGAGGAAGAUAAACUCUGAGCUGCCGGUGGACGAGGUAUUUGCAAUUGUUGAAAAAGCUAUUGAUGAGCUGAAGUAAAAAGCACUUGAC